GGUCAUAUUAUAAUGAAAAGAAAGUCACAAACAUUAACUAAGUUAACAAUAGCAGAAAAGAUAAACCAAGAGAUAGGGUUAUCAAAAAAAGACUCAGCUGCAAUGAUAGAUAACAUAUUGGAUGAAAUUAAAGCCUAUCUAGUGAAGGAUGGAGUAGUAAAAAUAUCAUCAUUUGGAACAUUGGUGGUCAAUAAAAAAAGAGAAAGACCUGGAAAUGUCCCAAACGGAUUUAAGAAAGUGAUAAUUAAGGAAAAAAAAUCAAUUUCUUUUAGGCCUUCAAGAAUUAUUAAAAAUUUAAUAAAUACUGAUGAGUAAGGAAAAAUUAUUCUAUGCUAUUAGAGAAGUAGCUAAAGAAUUAAGCUUGGAGCAACAUGUUUUAAGAUUUUGGGAGAGUAAGUUUCAUUAGAUUAAACCUAUAAAAUGUAUAGGAAGAAGAUUAUAUGAUCAUAGAUACAUAGAAACAAUAAAGAAAAUAAAACAAUGCUAUAUGAUAAGGGGUAUACAAUCAAAGGGGUGCAGAGAGAAUUCAAUAGU